GUAUUAAAAAAAUAUUAAAACUAUAAUCCAGAGAUGUUAGGCAUUUAAACCUUGAAAUUCUAUACAUAUAAUCUAUCAUUCCUUUGAGGAUUUAAAGAGUUGCAGUUAGUAUAAAAUCAGGUAGAUUCUAAGGAGCAACAAUCAGUAUUGGAAAACAUUAGCAAGAUGCCUCUCCCACUGAUUGUAAUACUGAAUCUAAUCGUUUGCACAUGUCAAGUGUUAAGUCAAAGCAAUACUUAUGAUUACUCUGACCAACGCCCAUGGUCACUUGUUUAUGCAUUAUAUCCAUUCUAUAAUACUGAAACGUUACUUCAAGUAUGGAGAGGUGAUAACGCAGUUGAUAUUUCCGCAAAUGUAAUAACAGUAACGCCGCAAGAACAAGAGCAGAGAGAUUUAUAUUCCGAGGACGUCCAACGUAAUAACACAGGCUUGAAGUCCCAAAAUAAUUUCUCUUACUUUUCAAACGACUCAAGAAAUAUAAAUAAAGAACAAUUAUCAACGAACCGACAACGGCUUUCGAAUUAUAGGAGCAAACGUAAAGAUAUUAGCUCUCAAAAUGAAUAACGUCCUGUGGCUUUCGAUCGGACCGAACGAUAAAGGAACGAUUCACGCAAAAUAAUUUCUUUUUUGUUUUAAACCGUAGUGUCGCUAUAUUUCGCAUUACAUUGUGAAAGUUAUAUGCAUGCUAUAUGCUUGUAGAAGAUUGUCAAAAGUAUAUAAGUAUUAAAGUAAUAUUUUACUCA